AUGGUCGUGACUCUUAAAUUCUGUGUAUGUAUGUGUAGGUUUGGUCUGCAAUACUGCGACUUGCCAACGAUGUUGUCAAAUGUUGCGACUCUACUGAGACCUAUGGCUCUGGAUAUCGAUGGAAAAGGGACUCCAAUAGUGUUCGUGGUUCUCCUGGUAGUCGCAGUGAUCGUGUACUUCUACGUGUACGUGGUGUCUGUGGCAUGGUUCGUCUUCUGGCGAGAGACCGAAGACCUGGUGGCAGUCAUGGUCAUCCUCUCGCUGGGCAUCGCCAGCAUCAUCUGCGUGGUUAAGAUGUUCUCUUUGCAUCUGAACAGCAAGCGCGCAAGGAAAGCAUUUGUGGCAUACUUAGCAUUCGACAAGCGAAUACAUCGAGACAGCCGAAUGUACCAGAACCUCCUCAAAACCCUACGGAUUGUGAAGCGUCGAGCCAUCUUCGUCUGGGUCCUCAUGAUCAACAAUGGCCUGAUCUAUGUGGUGAAGCCACACCUGCUGCCUGGAAAGCAUUUAAUAGAAGACUUGCAAGUUAUUUAUGGACUAGAACCGAUGUAUGAAUCGCCAAACUUCGAGCUGGCUCACAUUCUAGUGGGCACUGCCGUGAUGCUGCUUGUUUACGCAGCAGGGAACAUCGGCUGCCUCCUAUUCGUCAUGACGGGCUACAUAGAAGCACAAAUGACAGCCCUGAGCCAAGAGCUACUCCAUCUCUGGCCCGACGCCCAAGCGUUGACCUUCGAAGACGUUCGAAAUGAAAAGAAACUAAGAAAUAAAUAUAUUAAACAACAGCUAGAAUUCAUCGUUCAAGCCCAUGCUGCCAAUUUAGCACUAUUACGAUUAACUGGACGCAUUUUUAGCAACUCCAUAGCUGUCGAAUUCUGUUUACUAGCGGUAUCUCUUAUUGUAGAAUUACUAGGUGGAUUAGAGAACACGUAUCUACAGAUACCCUUCGCAUUAACUCAGGUCUCCAUGGAUUGUUUUACAGGACAACGCCUUAUUGAUGCGAGUAUAACAUUUAAAGAGGCGGUGUAUGAUUGUAAGUGGGAGAACUUUGAUGUGCAGAACAUGAAACUUGUGUUCGUGAUUCUACAGAAUUCGCAGACGAUGGUGCUUUCCGCGGGGGGCAUUGCAGAGCUUCGAUACACUAGCCUUAUGACAGUUAUUAGGACUAUAUAUUCGGGAUAUGCGGCGCUGCGCUCUACAAUGCACGGUGAAAAACCAAAACCAGGCCAAUAACAGUUCUUAAUCACUAUUUUUGAAAUUAGUCAUUUUAA